AUGAGACUGCUUCUGCCUCUUCUAAUUUGCAUCACAGCAAUCUUCAUUGCCUAUAGUCCUCUUUCCAUUCAGGACACCCUCACCACUUUCCUGCGCCGCAAGCUCCCAGCAGCCUUGUCGCAGUACCUCUCUAAGACAACCAGCACCAGCAACAUCGCUGCGUCCACAGCUCCUCACUUGGAAUACACCGCCCCUGUCGUUCUCCCCGUCUCCGAAAUGAGCGCUGCCCGUGCCAUCCGUCAGGUUUUCUUGGCCAUUGAGCAGGCCGAAGGCGCCGGCGCCCGCGUGCGCCGCUCCAUUGGCACUGCCAAGCUGCGCAAUUUUAGCCCCUUCCUCAUGCUCGACCACUUCACCAUCGGCAAGGGCGCCGGUUUUCCUGACCAUCCCCACCGCGGCCAGGAGACUAUCACCUACCUGCUAUCUGGCGGUGUCGACCACGAAGACUUCGCCGGCAACAAGGGCACCAUCGGGCCCGGUGACCUGCAGUUCAUGACCGCCGGCCGCGGCAUCAUGCACGCCGAAAUGCCCCACGAGAAUCCCGACGGCAGCCCCAACGUCGGCAUGCAGCUCUGGGUCGACCUGCCGCAGCAGCUGAAGAUGUGCGAGCCGCGCUACCGCGACUUGCGCGCGAGCGAGAUCCCCCUCGCUAAGGCCGAUGACGGCCGUGUCGAGAUUAAGGUUAUCUCCGGCCAGUCGCAGGGUGUUGAUUCCGUCCGGGAUCUGGCGUAUACCCCCGUCUGGAUUCUGGAUGUCACUAUUCGUCCUGGGGGUCGGCUCUCGCAGGUCCUGCCGCAGGGCUGGAAUGCCUUUGCGUACACACUGUCGGGCAACACGGUCUUCGGCUCGAAUAAUUCCACCCAGGUCGUGAAGGAGUUCCAUAAUGUCGUCUUCGAGCAGGCUGGGGACCUCGUCGAGGCUUCUGUGCCAGAUAAUGCGGACUCUGAGUCUCGCUUCAUUAUUGUUGCCGGUCAGCCUUUGGACCAGAAGGUUGUGCAGUACGGUCCAUUCGUCCUGACCAGUCAAGAGGAGGUCUACCAGGCCAUGCUCGAUUACCAGACUGCAUCCAAUGGAUUCGAGAAGUCGCGGAACUGGCAGAGCGAGAUUGGCAAGCGGAUGGCUUAUUAG